AUGGCUCAAUCGGGCCAGGGUCAAGCCGGCGGUGUGCCUGGGCCUGCAGGACGCCGACUGCACAUUGCUCAUCGCAGAAGCCCGUCCGAGCUGACCCCUUUGAUGAUGGAACAACUCGCUCUUCAGCAGCAAAUCGAAAUGCUUCAGCAACAGCAACAGCAGAUCGCUGCGACUCACCAGCAAUAUGUGAACAUGGGCAUGAUCCCUCAGCAGCCACUCCAAGGCAUGCCAGGGUACUCCCCUGUUCAAGGCCAGCCCAACAUGGCCAACAUCUCCCCUAACCAGAACUUCCAGUUCCCACAAAUGCAACAAGGCAUGGGUGUUCAGAUGAACGCCCCCACACAGCCAGCUUCCCAUCGCCGCAAUCAGUCCGGCUUCGUUGACAACAAUCAGCAAGCAAUGGGUCAGAAUCGUGACACCGGAGCUGGUCGCGGCCGUGGCGGCCCACCAGGAGGUGGUCACGCUCGCCGACAUUCUCUUGCUCUCCCGGAAGCAAAGAAGGCUGCUGAGCUGGCCGAGAAGAAACGGACCACAGCCGGCUUCCAGUUCCCUGUUCCAGGCAGUGAAGGUGCCACAGAUAGUCCAUCCACGAUGACGCCCACGGACAACGUUUUGUCCAGUUCAAGUCCUUCCGCAGGUGGCCUUGGACUCCAGCGAGCAGGCAAUGCUCGUGUGACAGGCCAUGGACGCAGCCAGAGCAUGGCCGUUGGCCGUGGCGGUGCUGGCGCUGGACGAGGUGGUGGCAAUUUCCAAUUUCCCCCUCCAUCAGAUGGCCAGCAGACUGACAGUGGCAUCCAACGUCGCGGUAGCCAAGGUGGCCACGCACGACAGGGCUCUCGCAACUUUGACGGCAACUGGCGUCAACCUCAGACUCAACAGCAAGAUCAGGUCCAGCAACCAAUGGGAUCGUUCUCUCAGCCUCAAGGUCUGAACCCAGCCACGAGUGGGUUUCAACCGGGUCAUCGUGCUCGAGGAUCGGUCAAUCAGUCAAUUGGCUCCAUCAGUGGGUUUCAGUACCCUGGUCAACCUGGCAUGAUGCAAAUGCCACAAGGCCAAAUGAUGAUGGCACCACAGAUGUACGCCGGCCAACAGCUCAACGCGCUGCAAAUGGCCCAACUGCAGGCUAUACAGAAUGCAGGCCUUCAACUGCCACCUGGUGCAAAUCCUGCGAUGGGUCUCCAACAGCAGCAACAGCAGAGAAAGACUCUGUUUACUCCUUAUCUUCCACAAGCCACUCUGCCGGCGUUGCUCAACGAUGGUCAGCUCGUUGCUGGUACACUUCGUGUCAACAAGAAGAAUCGGUCCGAUGCGUAUGUUACUACCAACGACUUGGACGCUGAUAUCUUCAUCUGUGGUAGCAAAGACCGCAACCGUGCUUUGGAGGGCGAUCUCGUUGCUAUCGAACUACUGGACGUGGACGAAGUGUGGGGUCAGAAACGCGAAAAAGAAGAGAAGAAGAAACGCAAGGACACCACCGAGAUGCGUCAUGAUCGCGGCAGCAAAAGUGACAACUCUGCCGUCGAGACGCCUUCCAUCGCACCUGAUGGCAGUAUUCGUCGUCGUGGCAGCUUGCGACAGCGUCCCACACAGAAGAAGAACGACGACGUCGAGGUCGAGGGACAGAGCUUACUGCUCAUGGAAGAGGAAGAGAUAAGCGACGAUCACAAGCCACUUUACGCCGGUCAUGUCGUUGCUGUCAUCGAGCGUGUCGCUGGCCAGAUGUUCUCUGGCACCCUUGGUCUGCUCAGACCGUCUAGCCAGGCCACGAAGGAGAAGCAAGAAGCCGAACGCGGUGCACGUGACGGCAAUGCCCAUGGCCGCACUGAGUCUCGCCAACAAGACAAGCCCAAGAUUGUCUGGUUCAAGCCGACUGACAAGCGUGUGCCGCUCAUUGCCAUUCCUACUGAGCAAGCUCCUCGCGACUUUGUGGACAAGCACCAAGAUUAUGCAAAUCGCAUCUUCGUUGCUUGUAUCAAGCGAUGGCCGAUCACCUCGUUGCAUCCGUUUGGUACGCUCGUUGAGCAACUUGGCGAGAUGGGCGAUCUCCGCGUCGAGACCGAUGCUCUGCUCCGCGACAACAACUUCGCUUCUGACGAGUUCUCCGAUGCCGUAACGAAGAGCGUCGGCUGGGAGGACUGGUCUCUCGAGAAGGAAGAUGAAGCAAGCUUGGGUGCACGUCGCGACCUCCGCGGAGAGCGUGUCUUCACCAUCGAUCCCACCGGCAGCAAGGAGCUGGAUGAUGCCAUCCACAUCAAACAGCUUGACAAUGGCAAGGUUGAGCUUGGUGUACACGUCACUGAUGUGGCUCACUUCAUCAAGGCGAAUUCUCUCGUUGACCGCGAGGCGAAGAAGCGUGGCACUGGCGUUUAUUUGAUGACCCGUGCUGUCAACAUGCUGCCGCCUAAGCUGACCUUUGACGUCUGCUCACUUACGCCUGGCCAGGGUCGCUUGACUGUCAGUGUCAUCAUGACAGUCGACGCCUCUACCGGCAAGAUCGAAGGCGAACCUUGGAUAGGACGAACUAUAAUCCAAAGCUCUGGCAAAGUCACGUACGACGAUGUUGAUGCCAUCGUUAAGGGCGCUGGCACUACUGAGCUCGAUAAGCCAACCUCGGACGCCGUGAAGACUCUGCACAAUGUUGCCACCAAAUUCCGCAUGGCUCGGUUCGGUAAUAGGUCGACUAACAUUCCUCCUCUCCGCCUUAUCUACCAGCUCGACGAUGAAAACGUUCCCGUGGAACAGAACAUCUUCAACUCGUCAGCAGCGCACGAAAUUCUUGAGGAGAUCAGCUGCAAAGCAAAUGCCUUCGUGGCGCAGAAGUUGUUCGCUGCGAUGCCCGACAAAGCAUUCCUCCGUCGCCAGUCUCCACCCAACCCGCGGCGCUUGGUGACAUUCGCCGAACGCAUGACCAAGGCUGGGCAAGAGAUUGAUGCCAACAGCUCUGGCACCUUACAGAACAGUCUCUUCAAGGUCUCCGACGUGGAUCUUCGCAAGGGCAUGGAGACCCUGCUGGUCAAGACCUUCCAGCGUGCGAAAUACUACAUUGGUUCCCAAGUGCCAGAAGAGGCCCGUCAGCACUACACCCUGAAUCUGCCUCUUUACACUCAUUUCACUGCGCCGACCCGUCGCUAUGCGGACAUCGUCGUUCAUCGCCAACUCGAGGCUGUCUUGUCUGACGGCGCGAUCGAGUUCACCGAGGACCUCGAGAACCUUGCAAAGACCGCAGAGCAAUGCAACAACAAGAAAGACUCUGCGCAAGCUGCCCAAGAGCAGAGCGUCCAUAUCGAAUCUUGCCGAAUGAUGGACAAGAAGAGUCAGGAAGUCGGCGGUGAUCUCAUCAGCGAAGGUAUCGUCAUCUCCGUCUACGAGUCAGCAUUCGAUGUGCUCAUACCCGAGUACGGCUUUGAAAAGCGUGUUCAUUGUGAUCAGCUUCCUCUGAAGAAGGCUGAGUAUCGCAAGGAUGAGCGUGUACUCGAGCUCUACUGGGAGAAGAAUAUCCCUUCCUCCGCAUAUGUUCCCGAAGACGAGCGCCCUCGUGGCGCAGCCAGCACCAAGGCUGCCACCGAUUCCGAGUCCGCACGCCAGCGUGCUAAGGAGCGCUACGAGGCUCAACGCAAGCAGACCGACACCAACACUGUGUCGAUCCAAGAGGCCGAAAGUCUUUUCGAUACCGAUGACGAGCUCGCUGAAGGCGUUGCAGGUGUAUCUCUCAACGCUAACGGUCGCCCUACUCAGAGCGUUCCUGGAUCUCCUGCUCGUAACGGCCUCUCCGAGCAAUCCCGAACGCAAUCUGAUUCCAAAAUCGCCAAGCACAGCGAUCUACCAGAAAGUCAGCUCACCGACAAACAGAAGUACUUGAAGUACUUCGACCUCCGAGAAACCGAUGGCGAGAGCAUUCAGGAUGUUCGGGAACUCACUCGCGUUCCAGUCAUCCUGGCUGUUGAUCUCACCAAGUCACCACCUUGUUUGACCAUUCGUUCAAUCAACCCGUACGCACUAUGA